UUGAAAAGAAGCAUUUGUUGGUGUUGUCGGUUUCUUGCAACUACAGAGUCUGAAUGGCAUUUUCUGUACGGAAGUAAAUUAAUGUGUGUCUUCAAUUUACGUACUUCAUCGUAGUCUGCCUUUAUUUUGCUGCUGAGCCAAUAUGCUGAGGACAGUUGUACGUGGUUUGCCACGUCUGCAAUGUCCUGGAAGAUGGACCAGUUCAUCUCCCUCUGCUAGCCUGGGAAGCCUGGAUAAUCCGUUUGAUGUCAUUAUUGCUGGUGGUGGGAUGGUAGGAACAGCUUUGGCGUGUGCUAUAGGCAGUCGAGAAGAGCUCGCAUCGCGGAAUGUUCUCUUGCUGGAAUCCAGUCCCAAUCUCCCACGGAUGCCUACGGGCGAAAGUGACACACCGAAGAUCAGUAAUCGAGUUAGUGCAUUGACACCUGGUAGUGUUUCUUUUCUUAGUGAUCUCGGAGCAUGGCCGAAGAUAGAGCAACUCCGUUCGCAGUCAUUUUCCAAAAUGCAUGUGUGGGAGCGUGUGCGUGGAUCAAUGAUUACGUUUGAUGCAUCGUCAGUUGAUCCUUUAUCCAUUCCUGGAUAUCACCUUCACUCUUCACCAAUAAUGGGAGUUGUCACUGAGAACUGGUUGGUACAUGCUGCUCUGAACGAGGUACUGGAGGAACGCAACUCAUCUAAUAUCACUUUGAAAACUGGUGUUCGUGUCAAGACAGCCAGCUUACCACAGGAGCCAGCAACAGCAACCAGCACUGAUGAGGAAGUGAACCCACCAGCAUCACCUUGGUCGACUGUGACAUUGGACGAUGGCACAGUAUUGCACUGCCGACUAUUGGUUGGCGCUGAUGGACCCAACUCCUUGAUCCGCUCAUCGGUCAAUAUCGAGACUGUUUCGCUCAGCUAUCAACAGUCAGCUGUUGUUGCUACUCUGAAAUGGGAGGAGAAUGACCAAGCAACUGCUUUUCAGCGUUUCUUGCCGUACGGUCCCAUUGCACUGUUACCGUUGACAGACUCAAUGGCAUCGCUUGUGUGGACAACGACUCCCGAACAUGCCAAGGAACUGUGCGAACUGGAUGAAGAUAGGUUCCUUCACAGCAUCAACUCGGCAUUCGAAGUGAAUUUUGCCCAAAGCCCUUUGGUGAAUGUUUGCAACAAUGCCGUGAAGAAUGUCUUGUCAGCAUAUCGGUCUGCUUACCCGACACAUGAUGUUCCUUCAGAGGCUGUAAGCUGCCCGCAUGUAACAGAGCUGGACCAGGGCAGUCGUGGAUUCUUCCCGUUGUCCAUCUGCCAUGCCAAGGACUAUGUCGACAAAAGAGUCGCACUUGUGGGUGAUGCAGCUCAUCGCGUACACCCGUUGGCCGGUCAGGGAGUCAACUUGGGCUACGGUGAUGCACGUGAACUGACGGACGCAAUGGUCUCGGCUGUUUGCGAAGGUCAAGACGUCGGGUCUUUGCGCCAUCUAGAGGAUUAUGAGAGUAAGCGACUAUGGCAUGUGUUGCCAGUAAUGGGCGCAGUUCACGGUCUCAAACAUCUCUACGGCACAUCAGCUUUGCCUGUAGAACUGCUACGCUCUAUCGGUCUGCAGCUUACUGAUGCUGCAUAUCCUAUCAAGGCGGAAAUCAUGGCCCAUGCUAUGAAGUAAUGUUUUCCCCCGGCAACACUACGCUUUACAGUACUACUAGUACUGGCUCUCUGCCAGUACCAUGGAUGUGAGAGAGUCGGGGACGAUGGUCAGGAGACGCAAGUACCAAGUACCAUUGUCUGCUUUCUGCUAGCAGUGAUGUCAGACAUCUCCUGUAGGAUUGACCUCGUCUUAGGCAGUCACUGCUGUCCUCGUUCACAACGUUGUCAAACUUGACUUAGCUAGAAUAGCCCCGUUACAAUCUGCCUCAUUCCAUUAUUGCUGCUAGCCUGUUGGUGCUUGCCGUGGAUCGAAGUUACAGAGAGAAUUAGCCGGUUGAACUUGCAUGAGUGCGUGAUUGCCAAGGUGGAAUAUUUCCGGGCCAAACUCUAGAUGAACACAGUCAUGUCAAACUUUAUGGUAGACCCUAGUUUUUAGAUGUAGCCAAGCUUCACAUUUGGACACUUGUCGACAUUCGUGUACCAGGCAUGUGCUUGAAGUACCUGGCAGGUGUUUACUGUUUACCUUGAUGUACUGAUAUGUGCUCAGUGAUCUCCUCAGUACAGGUAUGUACCACCACAGCCUCUUUACACACAGGCUUUUUAAUGACGCUUCUCUGUAAGAAAUAUGCGGCUGCAGUCGUUUGCAGGUAUAUAAUGCACCCUAUGACCAUUGUUCGAUGUCGUUUCACCCCGCCCAUGUCUGUACAGUCAUGUAGAUGGGAUUUUUUUCUAGAUUUCUAUUCAAGUAUACAUUUUUCGAGAUAAAACCUCAACUGAUCUAUGCAACUACUUCGAAGUUUUAGUACUGUAAAAGCCAUUAUUCGAACGGGGUGCAUAUAUACUGAUUUCUUAAAAUUGGCUGCUUUAUGUGUGCCAAAGGUAACGAUUCUCACUCAUUCUCAACGCUCAAUAGCAACAGUAUUGUAUCGAUUUCUGUAUAACGAUUUCUAAAUAUUUUUUAACGACGGAUUUCUCCUCGUUAACUCGUUAGAAUUAGCACUUCGUUAUAAAUAUGGCUUUUACAGUACAUGUACACUA